AUGCCGCCCAUGUUCUGGCUGAACAAGCCACACCCAUCCCUUGUUGGUAGGGGACUGGCGGUGAACAACAGCUAUCUACAGGUCAUGGACACCUGCGAGGAAGCAGCCACAGCAUGGACAGAGCAAGAUGUUCACUGGCCCGUCCCUGGAGAGACCCCAGCCGAUGCAACUGAUGAUGUAGGCUGGCUGCACAUUGGUGCACGUGACCAUGUGCACCUGUGGCCUGCUCACAUUGGGCUUGAUGCCGUGACUGUCAUUGCAGAACAUGCCCAGUACGACAGGAUCAAGAAGCAGUGGGUCAAUGGUGCCAAUGUUGAGUGUCUCUUCCACAAGCGUGAGGGUGUCCCAAUAUUGGUCAAGAGAAGCCAGAAGCUUUGCUCCCAGAAACUAAUCAGUCCAAGCAUUGGUGCAAAGCAGUUUGCAGAGGAUGAAGUGGAUGAGCCAGAGGAUCUUUCCAUACACUUACCCAACACCUACAAAUUGCUAUCCUUCUGCAUGGGGGACCUGGACAACGUCUGCUUCUCCAGCAGUCAGCUGAAUGUCUCUGCACCUCAGUACUUGCAUGAGGUUUGCAAAGGCAAGAUCAAUGUUCCUCUCAGAGCUCCCUCCCAUGGAUGCAACUCUGCCAAAGAAAACUGUCUGCAAGGAUGA